UUUAUCUAUGUACAGUUGAAACCUGUACAAACCUCAAGGUCUUAUGGGUAUUGUUCUGUGAACAUGGCUUUCAUGGAAUCAUUUUUGCAGCUUUUCAGCACAGGAACAUUUAUCUGUUGCUUGCUUCUGCUCUUGGUUGUUUAUCUCCUAUUCUUCAGCUCUCAGAGAGAUGAAAAUGAACCUCCAGGGCCAAAACCGUUGCCACUCUUGGGAAAUCUGCUAAUGUUGGAUGUUAACAAACCACACUUGAGCCUAUGUGAGAUGGCAAAGCAGUUUGGCCCAGUUUUCACAGUCUACUUUGGUCCAAAGAAAGUGGUUGUGCUAGCCGGCUACAAAACAGUGAAGCAAGCACUUGUUAAUUAUGCAGACGAAUUUGGAGAUCGAGAAAUCAUGCCACUGUUCCAUGAUUUCACUAAAGGUCAUGGAAUUAUAUUUGCCAACGGAGAGAGCUGGAAAGAGAUGAGACGGUUUGCUCUCACCAACUUACGAGACUUCGGGAUGGGAAAGAAAAAAAUUGAGGAGAAAAUCAUAGAUGAAACAUGCCAUUUACGAGAGGAAUUUGAGAAGUUUGAAGGAAAACCUUUUGAAACCACACAGUUGAUGAACUACGCUUCCUCAAGUGUCAUUUCUGCCAUUGUGUAUGGCCGCAGGUUUGAAUAUACAGACCUUCAUCUACGGAAUAUGGUGGAUCGAGCCAAUGAGAGCGUCAGACUGAGUGGAACAGCAUCCGUGCAGCUCUACAACAUGUUCCCUUUCUUGGGUCCAUGGCUCAAGAAUUGGAGACUGCUAAUGAAAAACCUUGAGCUUGAUAUCAAAGAGGUAUCAGAGCUGGUGAACAGUUUACGUCAAACACUGAACCCACAGGACCUCAGAGGUGUUGUCGAUUCCUUUCUCAUCCGCAAGCAGACUGCAGAAGUAUUGUCAAUAUAACACAGCUUAAAAUUUUAUUGCUCAUCUUGGUUUUUUACUUCUUUAAAUCUUUAAUGUACCAUUUGAUCAGGAAUCUGGUGAGAAGAACUCACUUUUCCAUGAGCAGAACCUCAUUUUCACAGUCGGCAACCUGUUCAUCGCUGGUACGGACACUACUAGUA